ACUACGGCCGAAUUAUUUUCAUUAUUUCACUCCACUCUAUAUUAUAAUACUCCAUCUACACGCCCAUAUCAUUUGCACAUUCACCUCUCUAUCUAUAUAAAUACACCACCACAAACACCCUCAAACCACCUACUCAAACAUUUCAAAAUCUCCACCACAUCAAAUAGAUUCAAAAACUUCAAUAUAUAGCAAUGGGAAAUAGUUUAAGAUGUUGUUUAUCUUGUCUUCUUCCAUGUGGAGCUCUAGACUUGAUUAGAAUUGUUCAUUUAAACGGUGUCGUUGAAGAGAUCACACAUCCGAUCACCGCCGGUGAGGUUCUAAGCAACUAUCCUAACUAUGUAUUAAGCAAACCGACGUCACAUGGUGUCGUUAGGCGGAUAGUGAUAUUGUCAAGUAAUUCUGAGCUCAAGAGAGGUGGUAUUUAUUUUUUGAUCCCGGCUUCUUCUGUCCCGGAAAAUAAGAGAAAACCGAGGCGGGAAAGUUUGGAGAAGGCGGUGAAGAUCAAGACGGUGAUGGGUGAUGCGGUGGCGGUAGGUGGUGGUGUUGUGGCUGAGAAGAAGGUUAGGCGGCAGAGAGUUCGCCGGAGUGUUGAUGGUGGUGAGUGGCGACCUAGGCUUGAAUGCAUAUGUGAAGAAUAAUAAUAAUUGUUUUUGGUUUCUUGUGGAUAGAUGUAUAUUAUUUUUUUUAUUCUAGUUUUAAGGAAAAAGAUACACCUUCAACCAAAGUGAUAUCAAGGACAUGUUAGUUGUUGAUAUAUGAUUAAAAAAAGUUAUAUGAUUGUUGUUAACAUU